GUAACCUGUGCAAAGAUGAAUUUACAGCUUGCUGGGGUGCUUUGUCUUCUGGUGGCCGGUUGCCUGGCGGCUGUGCCUAGGAGAAACGAGCCUCGCAUCGUUGGUGGUAGUGAUGCGUCGAUCGAGGACCAUCCCUACCUGGUGUCGCUCCGAAAGCUGCACAAGCACAAUUGUGGCGGUGCCAUCCUAAAUGCGAACACCAUCCUUACGGCGGCACACUGUGUGUACUACGCGGAACUUGUACCGUCAGACUUUGAAGUACGCGCUGGAUCUACACUCCGCAAUGAAGGAGGUCAGCUGGUCACCGUGUCCGAGAUUCACACGCAUCCGGACUACGAUGACUGGACGCUGCAGUGGGAUAUUUCCGUAUUGAAGCUGGUCAGUCCGCUGCAACUUGGUACCACCGUUCAACCGAUCAAUCUACCUCAGCGAACCUUCACCAUUGCCGAAGGCACUAAUGUCUCCCUAGCUGGGUGGGGCGCUCUUUACUACCAAGGACCGUCCACUAACCAUCUGCAACAUGUUAUGGUGCCGAUCGUAAGCAACAGUCGGUGCGCUAUGUCCUAUCUGAACUUUGCCCCGAUCCUACCGUUCCACAUCUGCUCCGGCCACAAGGGUAAGGACGCGUGCCAGGGUGAUUCGGGUGGACCGCUAGUCUACCAGGACCAGAUCAUCGGUAUCGUCUCGUGGGGCUACGGCUGUGCGUUUGAAAACUACCCAUCGGUUUACACUCGUGUGUCAGAGUUUUUAGACUUUAUCACGGAGCGCCUGUAA